CAAGGCGCUGCGCAGCGCGGCGUGUGGAAAACAAAAACAAACAAACAAACAACAAAAAAUAUAUAAUACAGCAUGGCGGGCGGCCGUGGAUGUGGCGCGGAAGCGUCACGCGAGGGGUCUUCUGUCCACCGCUGUUCUGGGUCACCGGUCUCCCCCUCUGGGUCCAAUGCCCAAUGAGGACAUCCGGAAAGAUGUUUGGUGGAAGACAUACAGGGAGUACAGAGAGGAGAAAAAUAAAGAAGCCACUGAGCCUGUCAACAUAGGGCUCCCAUAUCAGCGUCCCUUCAGGAAGACUGAGGUAAAGGAGAGGAAGAAGGUGAUGCUGGAGAACACAAAUAACCCUGAGAUGGAAAGAGACAAUCGACUACGAACAUAUAAGACAGAGCCAGUGUUUGAGUACAACAGAGCUCCAGUGAAUCAUCCUCAACAGAAGAAAUACCCUCACUAACAGCCUCUCAGACACCUGGACCGCUACAGAGAUGAAGCCCUAAACGCAUUUAUUAAACACUGUUCAACUGAAACAGCAGGGAUUUUGUUUGUGAUAAACUUAAAGUUAUCAGCUGCCUGGUGAUCUGUCUUUAAAAUUGCAUUAGCAAAAUUGCAUGGGACAAAAAGGUCUGUUGUCAGUAGUUUAGUGAUGUGUGAAGAACAGCAUCAGGAAACCUUUUCACCUUUAUAUGAAAUCUUGUUUGACCCCCCAAAAAAAAUAUAACUGUAAUUGUGACUUUUCAGACGGUUCUGAAUUUUUUUUUUUUUUUUAUUUUUUUAUCAUUAUUAUUAUAUAUAUUUUUUGGG